AUGGGGUGCUUCACAUUUGUCAAAGUAAUGAUGAUUUUGUUCAACAUGCUUAUCUUUCUGGCCGGCCUCACCCUCCUGGGCGUGGGCAUCUGGGUGAGCGUGGACGGCAGCUCCUUCCUGAAGGUCCUGGGCCCGUUCUCGGGCAACGCCAUGCAGUUUGUCAACGUGGGCUUCUUCUGCAUCGCCAUCGGGGCGGUGCUGGUGCUGCUGGGCUUCAUGGGCUGCUACGGGGCCCAGAAGGAGAGCAGGUGUCUCCUCAUCAUGUUCUUUGCCAUCGUCCUGAUCAUUUUCAUCGCUGAGGUGGCAGCUGGAGUGGUGGCCCUGGCGUACUCGUCGUUUGCGGAGGGCAUUCUCAAAGCCUGGGCAACCACAGCAUUAAAAGAAGAGUACGGCAAAGUGGAAGUUGUCACAAAGAUAUGGAACACCACCAUGACCGAACUUAAGUGCUGUGGCUUCACCAACUACACGGACUUCCAUGACUCCUACUACUAUGACCACAACACCCAGAACUACCCACCGGCCUGCUGCAUUGGCCACUCCAGCCCCUGCAGCAACACUACUGCCAAACACAGUGACAUCCAGGGCUGCUUUGAGCAACUGCUGACGAUCCUCCAGAAGAAUGCCAAUAUCGUUGGAGGAAUUGCCGCGGGUAUCUGUGGAGUGGAGGUGGCUGCUAUGGUCGUGUCCAUGUACUUGUACUGCUACCUGGACAAACACGCCAGAUAAACGACUGAUCAUGGCCUAUAUUUCAUGAAUUAUAAAUGUGUGUAUGUGUGUGGGUGGGUGUGUCUGUCUGUCUGUCUGUCUGUCUGUCUAUGUGUGUGUGUGUGUGUGUGUGUGUGUGUGUGUGUGUGUGUACACAAGCAUAAGUUUCUACUGGCUUCUCUGUCAACAUAAAACAAUAUAACAGAGACUAUUUUUAGGAGAUAUUAACAUUAUGUAAAUAGUUUGAAAAAAUAAUAAAUUGAUCAACAUUACGUUGGAAACAGCAAAAAAGAAUGAGAUGCUACAUUUAAGAAAUUCUUACUGCUCCUCCUAAACUGUAUUAUAUUGAAAAUUAGAGUUGCUUUAUCACUUAUUAGAACAUGCCUUAAAAGAACCUUGGGGACAUUUUCAUGUAUAACCAACUAAUAUUAUUUCAGUAAAUUAGACAAUAAAAAAUGUUGCUAC